AUGCAGGGCUUCAACAUGGGACGUUAUGUCCCGCCAGAUCAGGAAGGCCUGACAACGGCAAACAAACUCGCGGGGAAGCACCCACUCGGCGCGCGCGCGCGCCACCUACACACAACAGGCGCACUGGUCGUACGUUUCGAAAUGCCUUUCGCAGUUUGGUGCACAAACUGCAAGCCACACCCCGUAAUAAUCGGACAAGGCGUGCGCUUCAACGCGGAGAAGAAAAAAGUCGGGAACUACUACUCAACACCGAUCUACAGCUUCCGCAUGAAACACACCGUCUGCGGCGGAACCAUCGAAAUCAAAACCGACCCGCAGAACACGGCAUACGUUGUUACCGAGGGUGGGCGGAAACGCGACACCGGCGAGGACAAGGAGCUGCAGCCCGGGGAAAUUGCUAUCAAGCCGCACGCGCGAGAGAUGGAUCCCGCGGAGAAGGAUCCGUUUUCGAAGAUCGAGGGGAAGAUUGAGGAUAAGCUUCGUGCGAAGACGGAGGCGACUCGCAUUCUCGAACUUCAGGAACGACAGAAGCGUGAUUGGGAGGAUCCGUACGAGAAGUCUAAGCGGCUGCGGAGGACGUUUCGGCAGGAGAGGAAGGGGCUUGAGAAAGCUGAGUCGAAGCGUGAGGCUCUCAAGGACAAAAUGAGUAUUGGGAUUGAGCUUCUGGAUGAGACUGAGGGGGAUCGGCAGAGAGCGAGUAUGGUGGAGUUUGGCGAGGACCUGACUGGUGAUGGCUCGCAUGCGGCCCGAGUGACUCGUCUCCGGCCUAUGUUUGAGCAGCAGGCGGAAAGUCCUGCACGGAAGACGGGGUCGGAAGGGAAGAAAUCUCAUUCGAAGCGGCUUAGGAAGGAUGAUGUGGUCGCGUCACGAAAGGCUUCGCUCCGCCGUGAACUGGUUGGGAAUACUCGUGCUGUUAUUGAUCCGUUCCUGGUGAAUGCAGGUAACCCGAAUGCAUGGAAACCUAGCAUCAAGAAGAGGAGAACCGUCUCCUCUUCGACUCCAUCGACUCCAUCCCUCCGUGAAGAUCCCAGUGGCAGCACAGAAGUCGAUUCCUCUGCCGUGACACCAAAACCAGCGCUGGUCAGCUACCCUUCCGACUCGGAGUGA